GUCAGUUGUGUUGUGAACGAUGCUGAGGUAGAAAUCCCCUGAUUUUGACACCAAUGGUGGUUUUUUAAAUGGCACUUACUGCCGCGAACAACCUAAGUGCGAUGUAAUCCGUGCAGUGAAAAGCUGAGGGGUCGAGUACUUCUGUGUGAGGAUUAUUCCAUGGUUUGGCGAGGAAUACAUUUCACUCAUGCAGGCAGGAGUUGCUGGAAGAAGCGGUGACAUGGAACACAGAACAACCAAAGUGAUGCUUAUCAGUGCCAAUGUGGGCUCUAUAUUCGAAGACCCAGAACAUAUGUUGAAGAUAUGGCUACAGGAAUUUCUGAAGACUAUCUCAAACAUAGAACCUGGACUAUUUGCCCUGCAUCUCCAGGAAGUGGGUGGGAAAAAUUAUGAGGCUUCCAUGCAACAUGUGAACCAUUUUAUCAAAACCUUACUUGGCAGUGAAGAUUUACAGAAGUAUGACCGUGCCAGGGUUUUCUUGGAUGAAGAUUUCACAGCAGUCGACAAAUUUACGGCACUGGGGAAUAUCUACUUCAUCCAUGAGUCUGUAGAAAAAGCUGAAAUCUGGAACUUCCAAGAGUUUAGAUUUGUUCCUGUGGAGGGGAAAGAGGUGUUGUCCGGUAACAUUGAAAAUGUUGCUACAAAAGAGAAGGCCAAAUUUCCACAACAUUUCUUCCCAGAGUUCAAGUGGUCUAGAAAAGGAUUCUUAAGAACAAGGUGGAAUAUCAAUAACAGUGUUUUUGACCUGGUGAACAUACACUUGUUUCAUGAUGCCUCUAACAUCGUGGCCAUGCAGUCCUGUAAUCCUUCUCUCUACUGUGGUAACCGACAACAAGCUCUUAUGCACACUCUCCAAAGAUUUGAAAAUGACAAGUAUGAAAAGGUCCCUCUUUUUAUAUUUGGGGAUUUCAAUUUCCGCCUUGAUAUAAGAUAUCUUGUGCAGGAAUUAACAAAUAAAGCCAAAGUUCACCACCAGAAAGGGAACAAAGACCAGCUGAGCAAGAUCGUUUACACUGAUGAGGACAACAAUGGCAAGAUCCUUCUCACCAUAGAAACCAAAGCAUUUGAUCACCAUGAAAGACACUCUGAAGUAUUCAGCAGCAAUGGCAAAUGGCUUUCCCAGUUUGACACUGAGAUGCAUGCUUUCAAGGACAAGUUACAUGAAUAUGAUAUCAGCUUCCAACCAAGUUACCCGUUCAGUGAAGAUCUGAAUGAUGGGAUGUCUUAUAUGAAAACCCGCUGUCCGUCAUGGUGUGACCGAGUCCUGCUAAGUCCUGGGGCCAAGCAAUUGAUGCUGGAUGACGAAAAACAUAAACCGAGUUAUGACUUGAUAGGAAAGAGUAUUUGUAUGGGAGACCACAAGCCAGUCUGUUUGUUCUUUCAUCUGAGGAAUGGUCAAGGUAAUUCUCCUGUUGUGAAUCGUCAUAUCUCUCGUCCUCAGACUGUCUCAGUUAACGGAGAAGAGGUGGACAACAUUCUCCUUGACAAUGUUUCAAUUCACGAUUAUGCAACAUUUGAGCAAGAACACCUCCUCCCCCCUGACUUUUUUACCAGUAUUAGACACAAGUGCUUAAACACUAGUGCAGGAUCAGACAGUGCUUCCUCAGAGAAUAAUAACUCCUCCUUGCUGAAAAAGAAGAAAUCCUUUUUAGAAUGCGCACAACAGGUUAGAAAGUAUGAGGGCGUGUUGUUAAGGUGGCCAAAACGUACGCGCCAUCAUAGCUCGUCAUCUGAGGAAUCAGUGGAGAGGAGGACCUCCAUGGAUUUUGUCACGGUUGAGAAAAUUGCCAGUGAUAUGGAGACAGAUGUUAGCAGCGUACCUAAUACACCUAGUGACCCGCCCCACUCCCCUGCUCGAGAGAGCGAGGAUCUUAACCAGGGGUCGGUCAUAAUCUCCAAAAACAUUCUCCCAGCCACGAUACAUGUGGAAAUUCAGUCCCAGCAUAAAGCAGGUCCCCCUCUGGAACCUCAGCGGGUGAUUGUUGCCAAGACUGUGCCGUUGUCUGAUGCUGUGAAGAGUCCCCGAAAACGUCACUGUUGCUGUAUUCUCUAGAUGCUUGUGUUGUAGUGUGCUGCAUGACUUUAUCCCUUGUUGUCAGCCUGUCCCGACGGCCAGUCCCUCCUGUAACCUGAUGAGCAGUGACAUUAUUGUACCUUCCACACAGGUGAAAAUCUCACAGGUAGAAUCCACCAAAUAUAUCCACGUCAAGCAGUACGGCACAUCAGUCCGCGUC